UGGAGUUGUCCGAAGCGCAGUGUGGUGUAUUUCACUAUUUCCCUCGAAGUCUUUUCCCUUUUUAGAGUCCCUCACAGUAUUUGGAUCGGAUCACAGAGAGAGAGAGAGACUGAAUGGAAUUUAUAGGGAUUGAUUUCGGCUGUGCCGUGGGAUCUCUCCGCCAUGGUAAAAUCCCUGACAAAGACUGCUUGCUGCCUCUCAUUUCCAAGCUCCUCGGCUAUUGCAUAGUCGCGGCUUCCACCACCGUCAAACUCCCCCAGAUACUAAAAAUUUUGAAAAACAGUAGUGUCAGAGGCCUUAGUGUUGUUGCCUUUGAGCUUGAAGUAGUCGGCUACACUAUUGCUCUGGCAUAUUGUCUCCACAAAGGGCUUCCCUUCUCAGCUUAUGGGGAGUUGGCAUUUCUUUUGAUCCAAGCUUUAAUUUUAGUUGCCAUAAUCUACUAUUAUUCACAACCGGUGGGAACUAUAACAUGGAUCAGGGCAUUGCUAUAUUGUGCGGUAGCACCAACUAUUCUAGCUGGUCAAAUUAAUCCGGUUCUCUUUGAAGCCCUAUAUGCAUCUCAGCAUGCAAUUUUUCUCUUCGCCAGGAUCCCACAAAUAUGGAAGAACUUUUCUAACAAAAGCACAGGGGAGCUCAGCUUCAUAACAUGUUUGAUGAAUUCUGCUGGUUCCAUGGUGAGAGUUUUUACGAGCAUCCAGGAGAAAGCACCAAGAAGUGUUGUUUGGGGCUCUGUAAUUGGUAUUGCAACCAAUGUUACCAUCCUGAGUCAGAUAAUUAUAUACCGAAAGCCUCAUGCCAAGGUAGAGAAGAAAACAAAGUAGAACGAAAACCCAUCAUGGGUAAAACCCCAACGGGUGCUGGAAGGGGUCAACUUACAACUUCGCAGGUGCUUGAGGUGUCAUCUUUCUUUUCAAGCGUAACUUAAAUUCAAAGUUCAAGGGGACAGCUUAUAUCAAUGCAUAGACAAAUGGUGAAACUAUUGAUCAAUCUGACAUUCUUAUUGUUUAUCAGGUGAUAAAUAUUCGAUAGCUUAUUGUAGACUCU